UCAUGUUAAAGAAAGAAAGAAACAGAACCGCCAUUGAUGAUGGGUUAUGAAUAAUAGCAAUUGGUAGGUGCUAAGUUAAGCUAAGCUCAGCUAAGCCAAACCAAUUCAUUGGAUACUUCUACUUCUCAUUUCUCGAUUUUCGAGCUUACCCAUCAUUCUCUCUCUUCUUUCUCAUUCUGUAAUCUGUAAAAAGGACGAGCCGAUAAAGGGAACAGACACUCUCCUUGAGGACGGGGGCAGUGGAUUCUGCAGCUGACACCUCUUCUACAUGUCAGACCCACUCUUCUAAUCUUCUUUUUCCACCAUAUCAUCAAUUAAAAAUAGCUUCUGCGAGACUAUUCUGAUCCGAGUCUGAGACGUCUUCUUUUGUUUUUUGUUUUUUGUUUUUUUUGUUUUUGUUUUUAUUGUUUACAUUUGUAUUUUUUGACUGCUUUGUUUGUUUGAUUGUGAGCUUAAUGGGAUUUUGAAGCUGUGUGAUUCUGGUUAUUGUUAUUAUUAUUAUUUGUCCUUUUUUGCGGAUCCUUGGGCCAAUCAAACGCUGUGAAUCAUAAUGCACGGGUUUGAGCAUAGAAGAUUCGAGUGGAACAGUUAGAGGAGUCGAAGUUUGAAGCUCAGCUGAGAAAAGCAUCGUCCGGUUACUUGAUAUCUUUUUAUUUGCUACUCAUUUGGUGAAAUGGGUUGUGCUGCCUCAAGUAUUGAUGAGGAGGAGAGAGUGAAGGCCUGUAGGGAGAGGAAGAAGCUAAUGAAACAGUUAAUAGGGUUUAGGAAAGAAUUUGCAGACUCGCUGCUAGCUUACUUGAGGGCAUUGAAAAAUACAGGAGCAACCCUUAGACAAUUUACCGAGUCUGAAACAUUGGAGCUUGAAGGUACUAUUUAUGGCUUGGCAUCGCCUCCAUCGCCACCUCCCCCGUUGCCUCCCUCUCCACCCCCACCUCCGCCCUUUAGCCCUGAUUUGAGAAAGCAUGGAGCUGAAGAUGCCCAAAAGGAUGAGUUUGCCCAAGAAGAAAGCACUGUUAUUGAUGAGGAUGAGGAUGAGGAUGAGGAUGAUCACACCCCAUCACCUCCAAUCUUGAGCUCAUCUUGGGAGUAUUGGGAUCCUUUUGAGCAUUCUGCUGUACAUCAACAAAAAAAGAGUGAAAUUGUGGGGCCAGUUGAAGAGGAAAAUUGGGCAGAGACUAGAAGUGAAUUUGAGGAAGAGGUUAAGGAGGAGGAAACUGUAGAAGAUGUUGUGAAUCCAGUACCUAAGAGUCUAGAGCAAGGGGAAUUGAUAAGUUGUAUUUCUUCUACGAGUUGCUUGCAUAUGAAGGUGGCUACAGACAUGGGCAUGAUAUCAUGGAAAAAUAAGAAAACCUUGGGAGCUGUGGUCAAGGAACUCGAUGAGUAUUUUCUUAAAGCAUCAGGCGGCAUAAAGGAAAUAGCAGUGCUCAUUGAUAUCAGUGUUGGAAACGGUUUUCAGACACAUAAUUUCAGGGAAAACAAGAGGAAGAGAAGCAAUUCUGCUAAAGUCUUCAAUGCAUUAUCAAGGAGGUGGUCAUCUAAUUCACUUCAGUUUACAACAGUUGCCGUUGAGUUUCUUGGUCCCAAUGAACCAUGCCGGCCUGGAGCUCACUGCAUCACCCUAAAAAAACUUUAUGCAGCAGAGCAAAGACUUCAACAAGACAUUAAGGAAGAAGAAAGUACCAAUCUAGAGCAUGAAAAGAAAGCUUCACUACUGCAAAAACAAGAGGACGAACACUAUGAUUGGACCAAAACUGAGAAAACUCGCCUGACUGUUGAGGGCUUGGAGUCUGACAUAAUACGUCUGCGGCAAGCUAUAGGUGAACGUUGUGCUUCUAUAUUGGCGCUAAUGGAUGAGGAACUGUAUCCACAACUGGUUGCUUUAACUUCGGGGUUAUUGCACAUGUGGAAGAUGAUGUCUGAAUGUCAUCAAGUUCAGAAUCAGAUCUCCCAGCAGUUGAACCAUCAGAUUAACAACCAUGAUAUAGAUCUAAGUACAGAUUACCAUCGCCAGGCCACAGCUCAGCUUGCGGCUGAGAUAACUGUCUGGUACAGCAGUUUCUGCAAUCUCGUAAAAUACCAACGAGAGUACGUAAAAGCCCUAUGUAGGUGGACUCAACUUACUGACUUCCUUGUCGAUCAUGAUAGACAGAGUGUUUGUGCAUCUGUGGUUCUUAACCUCUGCGAAAAAUGGCAGAAUGCCCUUGAAAGAUUACCUGACAAGGCAGCUUCAGAGGCCAUCAAGAAUCUCUUGUCAGCCAUAAACUCCCUACUACUCCAGCAAGUGGAGGAACAAAACCUCCAAAGGAAAUACGAAAAGCUGGAUAAGAGACUUCAAAAAGAGAUGCACUCAUUGGCAGAGAUGGAAAAGAAACUAGGGGGAAGCUCUCUGUCUGAAGAUGGAAAUGACAAUUUGAGCCCCAAGAAUCCUUUGAUGCUAAAGCGUGCAAAAACUGAUGCCUUGAAGAAACUUGUCGAUACCGAGAAGGCCAAAUAUCUGAACUCCGUCCAGGUUAGCCGAGCCAUGACUUUAAACCAUCUGAAAACAGGCCUCCCCAAUGUUUUUCAGGCGCUUAUGGGAUUUGCUAGUUUCUCUGUACAGGCUAUGGAGUCUGUUUGUAGUAAUAAUGUUACACCACCCCAGGAAUGUUGUGAUGAUGCAACAGUGAGCUGUACUAACUGAGUUUGUUAGCAUUUUGGGAUGGUAAUGGCCCCAUAGAACAUGUUUCUAUCAACAGAAUUUUACUUUCUCUGCAGAAAAUUUCCUUUUUUUUUUUUUUUUUUUGUUAGAUGUCAGUUUAA